AUGCCCGCACGAGGGGCAGAUGGCAGACAGGUGGGGGAGGGCGUGGGGGGGCACCAGGACCAUGGGGCCGGGCUCAGGCUGGUUGGAUCUGGACGAGGUGCUCGGAGGCUGAACGGCCUCUACGGGGGAAGGACGCCCAGUGUGGUCAGCAACGCAGACCCUGACACCCCACCACGCGACCCUAACAUUCAGCAGGACAUGCUGCCCUCGGUUGGGGGCCCCCUGAGUCCUCAGGAGGAAACAGGAAGGUGGACGCUCGGCCGGCCCGAGGCGGACACGGGGGCGCGCUGGCCGCGGAGCUGCGCCGCCGCCUCCGGGACUCCCUGCGCCCUGGCGCGCGGCCACCGUGGUCCGGGCAACGGCAUUAAACAGAGGGAAACAGACGGGACACCGUCACCCGGGCGGGGGAAUGAGGGGCGCGUUGAGAGCAGACAGGAAAAGAGCUUUUCUGGAUGGAGUGAAAAUUAUUUAUUGGAGGAAGAGGAGGAGGAAGCGGCGGCCAACGGCCCUCCGCAGCCGAGGGGCACUCCCGGCCCGAGGGGUCCCGCGGACUCCAGGGCCGUACAACGGCCCCGCGCCCCUGAGGGGGGCGGGCGGAGGGGGCGAGAGUCAACCUUCCUUUUGACACAACUCUCCAGACCACCCUUCGCUCCGCGCCACGACUCGGCCUCUCCUCCCGGCCCGUUCCCCUCCGGGGCGGGCCCUCGCGCCGGCAACCUCUCCAGGCAAAACCCGAGCCCGUAG